GCCCGGAGCGCCGGAUUUGAAUCUCGGGACCCGUCCGCGCCGGCGGGGGCGGCGGCGAUGGACGCCCGCUCGUUGCCCCGGGCUUGGCAGCUCUAUCUCAAGGACCACCGCGUCUCGACGUUCAAGAACUGGCCCUUCCUGGAGGGCUGCGCCUGCACCCCGGAGCGGAUGGCCGAGGCCGGCUUCGUGCACUGCCCCUCUGAGAACGAGCCCGACCUGGCCCAGUGUUUCUUCUGCUUCAAGGAGCUCGAGGGCUGGGAGCCGGACGACGACCCCCUAGAGGAGCAUAAGAAGCACUCGUCGGCGUGCGCUUUCCUGGCUGUCAAGAAGCGGCUGGAAGAAUUGACGCUCAGCGAGUUUCUGAAACUGGACAAAGAGCGCGCCAAGAACAAGAUCGUACGUACCCACGAGGAAGGACGUCUGGGCAGGCCAAGGAAACCAGCAGUAAGCAGAGAGAGUUCGAGGAGACCGCGAAGAAGGUGCGCUCCGCCAUCGAGCAGCUGGCCGCGCUGCAGUGAGGCCGUCCUGGCCCCCGUGGGGUCGGCGCCAGGAGUGGAUCAGCGCCGAGCAGCUGGGCGUGGGCUUUUGCCCGUGGCACGGGGCCCUGUGCCGCGGCUGGUGCCGCCCACGCAGUGACUGCAGUGACUGCUCCUCUUCCUUCGCUGGUGUGAGCCCCGGGGCCGGGGCCGGGGCCGAGGCCGAGGAGGGCUGUGGCCUGGGCCUGGGCCUGGGCCUGGGCCGGGAGCCGUGGUGUAGCCCACCCUGCAGCGCUCCCAGUGAGCGUCUGCGCCCGUGACUCCCCUUCCUCCCGCGGGCAGUGAAUAAAUUCAUCGAAAAAACGGC